AUUCAAUAUUACGAUGGUACUACUAGCUAUCGAAGUUCGUGAGCUGCUCUACGGCCGGUUUUUCGCAGUCGUUUAGGCAACGCAUGAGCAUCCUGCACCUUUUUCGCCGCGAUACCCGUUCGUGGGCGCUGGCGCCUUCAUCUCGCCUCAAAAUGGAGCGUGUUGAACUGCUCGCACAGGUCACCGUGAACUUUGAGCUCUGCGGCGAGUUUCUCUGUUGCUGUUUGGUCGCCGUCCUGGCGUCUGAUUGUAUACAGGUUGACAUUUCCGGAGCGACACGAACCUAUAUCACACGUUGGCGUUUCUGGAGUCUUUGUCGCGAACUCUUGGAGAUUAGGGCGGACCGUCAGCGUGACAUCUGCGAGGAUGGCACCGGGUGCCAAUAUUCUAUCCCUGAACGACGACAUCCUCGGGAUCAUCGUUGCAUGGCUUCCACAACGUGACGCCGCAAAGCUAGCGUUGACGUCCCGCGUUGUGAGCACAGCUGCGAGAAGACGCAUCCUUUCUUCCCUACAGCUCACAGCGCCGGUCGCAAGCGUCCGGUUUCGCAAGUUCAUGCUCGAUGAAGACGAUGGGUACCGUCUGCAGUGUUUGCGGAAGCUCACCAUUCAUGAUUCGAAUGUCCUGUACGAGCCUCCCGACGGCUACACCCCGCUUGCCGACGUCCUCGAACGGGUGCGGAACCUGCAGACUCUCGUGGUUACGUCUGUCGAAGAACAUCUGGCCGACCCCAAUGGAUAUAUACUCGGCGAUGCCAUCGCGUCUCUCCGUGAUCUGCGCGAACUCGACCUGCGGAGUGUCGACGAGGAAGGCCUAGACCUGUGUAAGAAUCUGACCUGCAAGCCCGAUGUAUUCCGUUUGGAAGCACUAUCGUCAUCUUUCGCGCCACACGUGCUAGUAGAUCGCACCAUGCUCUCCGAGCUGAACGUCCUACAAAGGGCAUCGGUCAUAACCCUUCACGACUUCACAUUCGUGGAAUUUGGCGAUCAAGGCCAGCCGCUAUCGCCCCCACCGCUCCCGAAGCCUACUGCCUUGUGGCCCAGUGCAAAGACCCUACGUCUCAGAAACAUGGAUCCUAUGCCCGUCGUGGCGCUUUGUCCGAAUCUAGCGUGUCUGCACCUUGCGGCUGUGAUGCUGUGCCACGAUGGCGGGGACUUCUACCCCAGUGACGUGCACAACCCAUACAGCAUCACCGAUACCCUGGAACCUCAAGUUACAGCGCGCCUGCGUGUCUUCGACGUCUUCGUCGACAACGAGGAGUCCCGACUGACCAAGACGAUCGUCACGAUCGUCCGCGCGACAUAUCCGCGCGCGUUCUCAACUCAAUUCCACUAUUGCGACACGGGUCUCUGGGGGCAGCUCGCGAGCCUCGCGAAGCGUCCCGAUUCGAGGCUCCGCUAUCUCGACGUGCUCUUGCACGAAAACACCACCCUCGCGCAGAAGUGGCUGGACGAGUGCCUCCCGCAGUUCUCCGACUGCGGCAUCCUCUGCGUACGCAUCAGGCUCGUCGAGAGCAUCGGCAACACCAUAACCGAGCAGGAGUGGCAAUCUCUCGAGGCCCACUCGGACGACUGGGACGCAGAGAGCGAUUGGGAAGAGCUCCGGGACACCGCUCCCGAGCUCAUCUUGCAUGCAAUUCCGUCCCUCCGCUAUGUUUCCGUGUCGCCCGGUUACAUGAUGGAGGACCGGAACGGGCAUGACGAGCCGGCUUUCGUGGGGUGGACGCAGUGGUGGCGCGUUCCGAGCGGCAACUCGGAGACAGCCUCUGAGGAUGGCCAAGCUACGACCGGCCUGGUGCAAAUCGACGCGGGAGAGGGCUGGCGAAUUCACGCAUACAUGCGCAGCGAGGCGUUUCAAGAAGGGAACAUAUAGUCGAUGCAUCCGUCGCCGACCUUCCACGCCGACGUCACGAACGUGCGAGUUGGGAGAGUGUGGCGAAAGUGUAUUUAUAGUUUUCGUGGGACUUGUG